AUGUAUAUUGCUCUUUUAAAAAAAAAGAAUGUAUUCGUUUAGAAAUUAAAUUUUAGAAAGAAAUUUUAAGUGAUAGAAGAUCAAUUGAAUUAUAAGAAUAAAGAUGUUUUUCUAAUGGUUUAUUUUUGAGAGCAAUAAAAUAAAUAAUGAUGCUUUAGGAGUUAUUAGAAUAUUAAAGAAUGAUUUAAGUGGAUAUUUGACAGGUUAACCAUCUUCAUUAGUGUAUAAAAUAUAUACGACAAAUUAAAAUAAUACAGUCAAUUACUUAAUUAAGAUGCGAUGACUAAAUUUGCAUAAUUAGCAACAGAAUAUCAUCAGAAUUACAUCCACUUGGAUAAGAAGAAGGAACAUCUUCAGAUAGAUAACCACGACAUAAUAUUCGAUAAUUAGUGUAUAAUGCACUUUCUGAUGUUGAAGAUUAAUUAAGAGGAUAAGAGGAUCAUUAACAAAUUUAGAAGUUAAUGAAAUUGCUGCCUAUUAUUAAUUAGCUGAUUAGUUGGCAAAUACAGAAUCAGAAGUUAAUAUAUAUAUAUAUAUAUUAAUAUUAAUACAAUAUAUAUUAAUAUUCAAAUAAGAGAAAAAUAUUAAAGGACAUUUACAUUAUCCUUCUUUUAAUUUGGGCUGAUUGACAAACAAAAUCUAGGGCCAGUUUNAAUUGUUCAUCCAAAAAAGAUCCUAAGAAAAAAUCAACCCCUAUAAUAAAAUUAGAAGAAUUUAUAAAAAAUGUAGAUCAUAACAACAAUGCUCAUGAUUAAGCUUUGGUCAUUUUAUAUCAAAGUAGAAAUUAACGUCUAAAACAUUUAAAUGAACCUAUUUUAAGUGGUUUUGGCAAACAGUUUUCUAGAACGACAGAUUAAUCUCAACAAAGAAAUUCUACUUGAUCUUUUUCUAUUAUUGAAUUAAUCAUUUACUAUCUAAAUUUAUUAUCUAUUUAAUUCCAGUAAAUCAUUAUAAUAAUUAGUUAGAAAGAAUGAUCUAACAAUUUAGUUUUAAAUUUGUUUAAGUUUGAAUAAAAACACCGAAGAAAUCAAAUUUUAUUAAUUAUAAAAUUUAUAUGUCUCUUUGUAUUAAGUAUUAUUGAGGAUUUUAAAAAUGAGAUUUUAUUGGUUUGCUUAAAGCUAAAUUCAUUAAAAUUAUGUAUAUUGCUCUUUUAAAAAAAAAGAAUGUAUUCGUUUAGAAAUUAAAUUUUAGAAAGAAAUUUUAAGUGAUAGAAGAUCAAUUGAAUUAUAAGAAUAAAGAUGUUUUUCUAAUGGUUUAUUUUUGAGAGCAAUAAAAUAAAUAAUGAUGCUUUAGGAGUUAUUAGAAUAUUAAAGAAUGAUUUAAGUGGAUAUUUGACAGGUUAACCAUCUUCAUUAGUGUAUAAAAUAUAUACGACAAAUUAAAAUAAUACAGUCAAUUACUUAAUUAAGAUGCGAUGACUAAAUUUGCAUAAUUAGCAACAGAAUAUCAUCAGAAUUACAUCCACUUGGAUAAGAAGAAGGAACAUCUUCAGAUAGAUAACCACGACAUAAUAUUCGAUAAUUAGUGUAUAAUGCACUUUCUGAUGUUGAAGAUUAAUUAAGAGGAUAAGAGGAUCAUUAACAAAUUUAGAAGUUAAUGAAAUUGCUGCCUAUUAUUAAUUAGCUGAUUAGUUGGCAAAUACAGAAUCAGAAGUUAAUAUAUAUAUAUAUAUAUUAAUAUUAAUACAAUAUAUAUUAAUAUUCAAAUAAGAGAAAAAUAUUAAAGGACAUUUACAUUAUCCUUCUUUUAAUUUGGGCUGAUUGAC